UUUCAGAUCUCAUUGACUGCAAUAAAAUUCAAUCACGGUUUCUUUAAUCCAAUAAACAUCAAGAUCGAUAGUGCAGAGAUAACCCUAGUCCUAUCAUCCGCCUAUAUCUGAGUCCAAGACACUGAGCCGACAGUCGUGGAAAAAGCCUCAUAGACUACGGACACACAGGUUGUAUCCUAGCAGUCCACCUCGAUCGCGAUUAUACGCCCGUGCAAUUCAAUGUAAAUCCUUGGUACACGUGCUGGUCCCUGGUAUACUACGCAUUCAAUACAAAUGUGAACUACCCCACCGUUAAGUGAACACAAUUUUCAACAUUUUCUUCAUUCUCCUUUUUGCUGGAGUGAAAAAGGAUUAUCGAUGAAAACCAACGAGCUGAAUUUGAAAAUGAUUGUGCCUCCUGCAACUGUGGGAAUACUUGUGGUAGCUUCUGGAAUCUGUUUCAUUUUAUUCAGCAGUUUCCGUAGAGGGAAAACCGGGACCGGUAAAAACGAGAAGAAAGUACCAGUUGAUGACAGCUGUUGCGCCUGUUGUCUCAAGCCGUUUAUCAUUGGUCGUGGCGUUCAGUGCAACGAUUGCAGCGCGAGAUUCUGCAGGAAAGGCUGCGGACGCUGGGAAGUGAAGGAUAACGUUUGGCGCUGUCUGUUUUGUUAUCAUAGAAGAACGUGGUUGGGGAAGAAAGAAAAGUGGUUUGAGACAUUCAGUGGCGCGCAUUCGACCGAAGAAUCGAGCGGUCAAUUCAGCACGGCGAAAUCCCAGGCUUAUGUCCCAGGCGUCGAGCAUGGUGAAAUCAACUCCGGCGUGGACUUGGCUGCCGGUGGAAAUGAAAAGACGGACUCGUUGGAAAAUAUUCGUGAGAUUAUUGAGAAAGUAGUGGAGGGCCUCGUGGGCAACGUUGACGAUGCACCUAUCGAUCGGCUUUAUCAGCAUUCCUCAUAUGAUCGGUUUUUCGAGGAGUUUGGUGUACAUUUGGCCGGGGCUCUUGCGCAUCUGGCGGUUGCUUUACGGAUGUGUAUUGCAAACAAACCGGCCACAGACACGCCGAGUAUGGCGCACACUGCACUGCGAGAACUGGUGGAGCGUGCGGUCGACGAGGCACGUAAACUACCGGGUCUCGGUGAUUCGGUUACCAUCAGAAGACAGGACAAUACGAGCAUUGGCGAACAGAGCUAUGAGGAUUUACUAGCAGCGGCCAUACUCAAUAAAGUCGUAGAGAAAUACCAGAAGGGUCGAGUGGACGGCAACAGCAAUGUAGUGCAUGAAACAACGUCGAAACGCUGCAGAUACAGAGGAUCUGAGGCGAGUGGCAGUGGCGUAGAGGAGGACAGCAGUGUGGAUCCAAUGUCCCAGGAUGAGUGCGGCAGUGAGUGCAGUCGCACGAAAACUAAACUGCGUAUUCGUCAGGAGCCUCUCUCCCUCACGAUCGAGGAGCAGAUUGAGGAAGUUACUACGACUUACACAUCUGAUGAAGAACCGAGAAAUGUCAAGGCAAAUGUACUUCAUUUCCGGAAUGCCAAACGUGUGCCAUUUCCGGAGUUUGGAAUGGAUAUUGUGGAUCCUUCCCAGGAUUCCUCCGAGGACAGCGAGGACGAAGUCGACGCCUGUGUUUCCGUGGACCACAUAACCCCCCUAGAGACUUGGGAACAAAAUUGGCUCUUCCAAAGGAAGAAAAUUGCUGCUCAACCUGAGCCCGUUGCCAUGCUUGUACCCAAUCCCAGUGAAGAUUACCGAGCGCUAAUUGGGGACAAGGACGCUGAUGACAUGUCAGAUUUAUCAGAGUUCUCAGCACAAUCUGAUGAGGAGAUCGAUGAGGAUUUGAUAGAGGCUAUUAAUCAGGCAGUACCAGACUCGCCGAAAGUUGUACGAGUUCCCUCGGGAGUCCAAAAGACCAAGUCAGCUAUUCUCCACGAUAAUUUCACGGGUGAAAUUGUGUGUGAGAAUUCUAAUGAUGUACAGCAUCCCGAUAAAUCCUCAUCGGGACCAAAAAUUAAAUCGGAAAUUGUGAAAGGGGAGAAAAAUCCCGACGAAGAGCUGAAAAUCAAUGAUACGGAAAUUGAAGCCACUGAAGGGGGAGAGAAUUAUUCAAGAGAAGAUACAACGAGAAAUCCGGGUAUUAAAGAGGAUAGAAAUAAAAUCCCGAAGACACCGACUGCUACACCGAUCAGAAACUCUAUCUGCGAGGGCGAUCCAGCACUACCGGUUGCCUGCGAUCUACAGGAAUUGAAUGAAAAACUCAUUGCAAUUGAUGAUAGUGACGACAAUGAAGAUAAAGUUGUUGAUCAUCUUAAAUCUCAUUCGCCGGAUGUCGCGCCGCAGUUGGAGCUCGAAAAAUCUGAACAAUUUCUCCACAAUGUUGUGGAACACGACAACGCUCUGCAGAAUGAAAGGUCACCUCUAGAGAAUGGAGAGACUCUCAACAAUGCUCCAGCUUGUCAGGUGGCUGCGGCAGCCGCCAAGGCCAGAGCGACAUCAUCCAUCGAGACAAAAUCAAAUGAGGAAGGCCAUGCACUGUCUGCCCCACCUCGACCAGGGACCAUCGCUGAACGUGAGCAUAAAAAAUGGGAGAACGCGGCGCCGAUACAGAAUAAUCCGUACAGCGAGGAGAAUAUUCAGAAGAGAUUGCUGGAGAGGCAGUACGCCAGUAGAUCAUCAGAUGCUCCUGGCUCGGGAGUUUUGCCUACUAGUCCCAGUCCACCAUUGAAGAUCGUUUUGGGAGGAAAUCGACCUGAUGUCCAAAGAUUCGCUAGGGACUACUACAUAAACGAGGCAAAAUCGCCGACGGGUGAGAGACACCGUCGACCAGGUACAUCGAAUUCGAGCAGACCCAGCAGCUCUCUGUCCCAAACUUCAGCAUCAACUAGCAGUGACUACGAGCACCAGGAGUCCUUCGAGCUGAUCGAAGCGUCACCCAAGCCCCAGAACAACCGGGAAACCGAGCCCCAAGAAGUCAUAGAGGAAUUCCUCGAGCGAGAGCGAAAAAACAGUAAAAACGAAAUAAACGCUAAGCUGAACAACCAGGGAAAUUUCGACUCUCCGAUUUUCGACAGUAAGAAAUCGUUCACCGAAGAGAACAACAGAAAAAUUCGAAGGAUCGAUCUGAGAGCGUAUGGUUUCGCAAAUGAGUUCGACGAGAGCAACGAGAUCCGAAAAAAGCCUCCCAGAGUUGUGAAUAAACUGGAUUUACGAUCCUACGGAUACGACUCGGGCCUCCGAAGAACUCAAUCCAACAAUCACAUUGACAGCAAAGUCAACAACAGUUUCGUCCGCCCAAAACUAAUCGAUGAUAAAUCGAAUUUAACGCAGAAUCAUUCAUCCCGUCUGGGAGGCGGUGAUUACAUCUGGACCCAGAGUACGGAUGACUUGAACAAGGAGAGGGAGAUAAUCUUUGAUAAACUUGGAGGGAUGACAGCAGCCAAAUCUGUCCCGAACAUCGCGAAGAGCAGUUCCUUCAGUUACAAUGGGAAUAAGAACUCUGAUGAUGGAAGGGUCAACGGUUCUCGGGACAAUGGAGUCGACAGUUAUGAUUCGGAUUCACAAAACUCUAAGACUGAAUCUGCUGAGGAGUUGCCGAGGAAACUCCCCAGGUCGAAGGAGAUGAGGUAUUCGUUGGAGUCUCUGGAGGGGCCUGACAGAUUCAUCGACGCUGCGUUGCCUAUGCCUUCGGUGAGGAGAUUAGCGCAAGCGUUUAAUGCACCCCCUGAAGUGAAACCAACCCCAGUUCCGAGGGUCAAUAAACCCGUCAGACGAGAUCGCCCGACCACCCCUGAAAUUCAUAUCGUGAAGACUCCGAGGCAGAUGCAUAGUUUAACAGCAAGAUCUUUAUCCCGAGAGUUUCGUGAGGGCUUGAGGAACAUUUCGUGCAAACCCAAUGCACAACCUGUCUACAGUACCAUUAUUGAACAGAGUAAAGUCCCGGCUGGAUCGGUCUCCAAUGGAACAGAAAAUGAUGAUAAAAGAAAGGUGAUUGCAUCCGGUAAUUUGAGGAAUAACAUUCAAUUUUGGGAGCAGCUGCAGCGAAAACCUUGAGGAGUUAUGUUGUUGGUUACUGAAGGCUCAAUUGUUUAAAUUAUCCAAUAUCCAAUCACUGUACAGGUACCUAAAGUAGAUAUUCCCUGGAAAAUUAUUCAUUACGUGUAGUAACCAUAGGAUGCGGACACAACUGAAACUGCCAUAACUUAAUUUUAAUUCCAUUAAUUCUUACUAAUUGUCAUAUAGGUAUUUAUUUUUCGGCCUGCGAAUUCAAUUGAUUUCAAUUACUUAAUCCUAGAAAAUGGUUUUUCGUUGGAGAAAAAAAUUCUUAUUCUGUGCCAAAGGACACGUCGGUGUCACCAUCCAAAGAGAGAGAAAUUUUUUCGCAUUAUUUAUCAUUAGGUUUUAUAUUAUUUAUUAAUAAAUCACUGUUGGGUAUGAAAAAAUUUGUUAUUGAUCAAUAUAUUUUGUAAUUCUUACAUGAAAAAAUUUGAUAAAAUGUUUAAUUGUGUAUAUACAUAGUAAAUAUUCAUAUACGAUGAUGGAACAUUGACAUUAUUUUUCAAUCUAAAUUUUCAAAGUUUAAACAUUGUAAUUGCUUGUUGUUUAUUGUAUUAAAUUACUCGUUCUACACCAAUACUUUCAAACUAUGUAAAGAAUUGAAUAAAAUUGGAGUAAAGAUAGA